AAGAGGGGGAACAAAACGGUAGCUCCCGCUCUAGCCGAAGCCAGUCGAGUUCCAAGCUUCAAACGGUGAACUACGUGUGGCAAAACUCUGCGGCGUUAGCUCUCCCUCCCCCCCUUCUCCCAGUAUCAUUUUUUUUUUCGUAGCCUUUUUUUAUUUUGAUUCAACGGCAUUUGGAAGGAAAUUGACGAAAACAAAACAAAAGAAAAUCGAGUUUUCGUUUGCGCCCCUUGUUGUUGUUGUCUGAUUAUUUCGGAAAUGGCCAUGAUGGCAGAGUUCAAGUGUCUGUUAGUUCUGGUCGCAGUGUCCGUUUGUAGUUGUGAAGUCGAUCCCUCGUCGACGACCGUGUCAUCGACGACCCAUUUGGAAUUGGACGGCGGCGUCUUGCUGCAAGUGGAAGGCCAAAGACUUGGCGAAUUGACCAAACAAAUGGCCGAAACCAACCGGGCGCUGGAAGAGCUGCUGGCCACUAAAUUACGUGACAUCCAUUACGCGUCGGUGAUUGGUGAAUUGCGCGCAGAGAUCGACGCUCUCAGACGGGACCUGGAACACGUCCGAGAAGCGCCACUUCCGCCCACCGGGCAACACGGUGGUGUCGUCGAGCCGACAGCCACGUCCUCGCAGAACGAACAGAAGACGUUGCACUGGCUGCAAUCGUCUCUGGCCGAGAUGAAAGGAGAGAUCGUCGAUCUGAACCGCUCGGUCAACGUAUCGCGGCAGCUGCAGCAACAUCAAGAAACAGCCGGACAACUUCAGUUGACUCGUUUCGACGUGACGGUGCUGCAGGCCCAGGUGGCCGACGAAGCCGCUCACCGGCAGCAGAUCAAUCAAUCGAUCCAGCAGGUCCAUGACGAUGUCCACAGGCUCGACCAGCACCAGCAGCUCAACUCUGCCCAAUUGGAGCGGCUCGAGAGCAACAUGGCUGAUAUUCGUCUAGAACUGCAGUUGUCUCGCAAAAUGAUGGCCAUGUCGGACGAACACGAAGAACCCGUCGUCAACAUGCUUAAGACUAAGAAGAAUCAGCGAAGGAGGACUCGAUCCGUCAUCGUGGAUGAUGACGACCAACCUAAUCGACUGCUGUCUACGACGACGGCGUUGCCACAGCCGCGUCACAAGACCCGCCACCAUCGGAGGCAACUCAACCACGAAAUGCUCACGUUGAGGAAGAUGGUGAAAACGCUGGCCAGCGAGCAGCACGAUUUGCAGAAACAAAUGGUCCUUUUGAGCCAAAUGAGAACGACGGCCGAGUCCAACGUGCACAAAAUGGAGACGGAACUGAAGGCUGUUCUAAAGCGGCUGGACAGCGAACCGAGAUGUCCUGGCAAUCAUCACAACGCCGAAGAUGUGGCUGAAAUCAGCUCGCAGAAUAAGAAGCUGGCCGAGACUGUGGAUCGACUGUCAUUGAAAGUCUCGGGCGUCGACCAGGUCCAAUCGUCGACGCUUCAACUGUUCGAAGCGAUGGAACGAUUGGAAGAGCGUUACGACGACAACAUCAGCGAGCUUCAACGCGAAGUGGCCAAGCUCGAGUACAACGACGGCCAGCUGACGUCUACCGUCCACACGUUGCGAGAGGAUCAGAGCGAACAGCUGGAACUCGUCAAAUCGAUCAGAACGACGACGACUCUGUUGCAAGAGCAGGUUCAAGCCGAUCAGAUCCGGUCGGCGCUUUUGUUAGCCAAACUUACCAAUAACACGCUAGCCGUGAUGAACCAGAGCCACGGCCAUCACGUUCAGAACUGGAGGCUUGCCCAACUUGAGCAAUCUAUUCAGUCUGGCCAGUCAAUCGAUUCGCUGAGACAGAGUCUAGCCCAUUUGGAACACGAGUACACCAAUCUCGCCCACAACUUGCCGCACGAUUGUCGUGACGUUUCUUCAACGGGCGUCAAUUACAUUCUGCCUCGCGAAUCCGACGAGGUGGUCAAGGUCUACUGCGAUCAGGAGACUUCCGGUGGCGGAUGGACGGUCAUCCAGCGCCGUUCCGACGGAAAGGAGGAUUUCAACCGAAACUGGGCCGCCUACAAAUCGGGUUUCGGUUCGGUGCUUGGCGAAUUCUGGUUAGGUAACGACAACCUUCACCGGCUGACCAAAGAGAACACGACCAUGUUACGAGUCGAUCUCUGGGACAUUUACGGCCAGUACUGGUGGGCCGAAUACGAUAGCUUCUUGGUCGGCAGCGAGAACGAAGGCUAUGCCGUCCAGUUUCACGGCUACACUGGCAACGCGUCGGACGCCAUGGCUUCUUACCACCAGUCGAUGAAAUUCAGCACCAGGGACAACGAUCAGGAUUUGAGCAACACCAACUGCGCCGAUAGUUACCAAGGUGGAUGGUGGUAUUCGCACUGUCAGCACGUCAACAUCAACGGCAAGUACGCGCUGGGAUUGACGUGGUACGACAGUCUGGAGAACGAGUGGAUCGCCCUCGCCAAAGUCGAGAUGAAGGUGCGAGACAAGCGCAUUUUCAAUCUACCAGCAUCGACGACGACGGGUAGCGUUAACACGACACCCUUAGUCGACUACUUGACUUACACAGGUGUGGACUAUUACGGAAUAAUGUCCGGAUGUUUUGUACCUGGUUGCACAACCAGAGUUGAAACAUUGGAACUAGAAAAUCGGACAUUGUUCUCAUUUCCUAAAGAUGAAAACAGGCUGCUGGCGUGGAAGAAAGCCCUACCGCCAGAUGCCGUUAUCACGAAAUCAUCUAAAGUGUGUGACCUUCAUUUCGAAGACGACGCCAUUGUUAGAAGUCGAGUGUCGAUCGUGGACGGGAAACCAACAUCAGUCGUCGUUCGUCCCGUUCUAAAACCUGGAGCUGUUCCCACAAGGUUUCAGAGCAUUGUUUAUUUGUGAGUUUAGAGUCUCGUUCGAAAGUCCCUUGCAAACCAUUAGCUAGGUAGCGUUCAUACUACGACGCUUACUGGAUAACCUCGUUAGUCUUGUCUUUAGCCAAGACAAUAUGUAGUAGCUACAUCCUUGUUCACCAAAUUUCCAAUAUCGUUAACCGUCAGUCGUGAAUACCUAAAAGGAAUCUAGUAAUAGUACGAAACUUUUACUAAUGAAUACACCCAAGAAAAUCGGAUGCAACUGAUAUUACAGUAUAUCUUGGAAUUUCUGUGUUGUGUUAAAAAAUAGCAGACAGUCGACUAGUGCUUUGACAGUUUGACCUAUGAAAUUCAAGUGAAUAAAUAAUCGGUACCUUGUUUCAUCAAAAUGUCUAAACUUCAAGGUUGCCAAGCGAUAUAGUUAAUAUUAACACAAUAAAAGUGAAAAACGUA